AUACAGAUUGGAAUCAUCGGCGGAUCGGGCUUCGACGAUCCCAACUUGUUCGAGAAUCCUAUAGAGCUGGAUCUCAGUACGCCGUUCGGGAAACCUUCAGAUGUGCUACUUAGUGGGCAGAUAGCGGGUGUACCAUGUGUACUACUGGCGAGACAUGGCAGGAAACAUCAGUAUCAGCCUAGUGACGUGAACUACCGUGCCAAUAUCUGGGCACUGAAACAGGCAGGCUGUACACAUGUGUUGGCCACCACGGCUACCGGCUCACUGGUCGAGGACUACCAGCCCGGAGACCUGGUCAUACUGGAUGAUUUCAUUGAUCGUACAUGGGGUAGGAAGUGUACUUUCUACGACCGCACUGAGGGUGGACCUCGAGGCGUGUGUCACUUGCCCAUGCACCCCGCGUUCUGCGAGAGAUCUCGCCGCGCUCUUCAAGAUGCAGCUCGUCUCAGAGGGUACAAGUAUCAUGAAAAUGGUACCGCUGUUGUCAUACAAGGACCUAGGUUUUCGAGUCGCGCAGAAAGCCUCAUGCAUAGACAAUGGGGCGGACAUCUUGUUAACAUGACCACUGUCCCAGAGGUGAAUUUAGCGAAGGAGGCGGGUCUGAGCUACGCGGCCGUGGCUCUCGUCACUGACUACGACUGCUGGAGGAAGGACGAGAAAUCUGUGUCGGUGAGUGAAGUGCUGGAGAUGUUUUCUAAGAAUGUGAAGAAAGCAGCUGACGUUAUUCUGGAUGCUGUGCAGAUCCUCGCCGCUGACACUGAUCUAGAAUAUUUGGAUGCACACGAGAAUAUGGUGUCAUCUGCAAUCAUGUUGAAGGAGUGAAGUACAAAUUAUAUAAAUUUCUACUUUCGUAAAACAAGAACAUAUUGCUAUCUCUGUCUUUCUCAAGGAGUGUGAGAGAGACGGCAAUACUGCGUUAGAAACACCGUAAUAUUUAA